GCUCGCGUGAUUGCUCCUUACAACGCGAUACCGACUCAGCACUUUACCACAGUGCAUUUGUUAUUUUUUGUGGAUGAGUGCCCGUCACUCCCGCCAAUGCUUUCCUAUGAUCGCCGGAACUCCCAUGAAAGCACCAGCCCCUCUACCGUUUUGCGUCACUUGCUAUGGUCGGAAUGAUCAGCACUGUGCGCUGAUUUUCGCAGCUGUUCCUCUCUGCGUCCGAUGAAUCUGUAUAAAUACCUUUGGGAAAGUCGGAAGAACCGCGGUUCAACUGUACGGCAAGUCUUCAAGGCAACAUCCAUUCUUCACUUCAAAAUUCGGAGUACUCUCUAUUGGGUUUAAUCAACAACAAUGGGAAUGCCAGAUGUCGAAACGGAGGACAAUACUUUGGCACCACCGCUCGGACGCAAGGUUGCAGUCCCCGCCCACAUACUCACCAAGUUCCAACGAGCAUGCGAUGACGAAAACAACGCCCAGGAAGUCGAUUACCUCGUAUCGAUGAUAACCGUCAUUGACGCGUUGCAAACCAAGCUCGGCACCCUAAUCGACAUGGCUAUCCUUGACCUCGCGAAGGGCCAAUGGGGAGACUUCAAAAGCGUGAUUAAUCAACAGAUUCAUGAACGGAUCGAGGAAUAUGUCGCAGAGAGGAUACAAAUGGGCUUGGUGGAGAUGAUGAUUCGUGAGAGAAUUGAAUAUAUGGACGAGGAUGAUCUGAUCCAGCGAGCUUGCAAUAUGGCUGUGGAGGAACUUGUGGUGGAUAAUAUGAAAGAGAAGCUGGCGGAUAUCAUGUUCACACCUCCAUCAAAAGACAAGGAACCUUCCACCUCGCACGGUAUGGCAGCAUAG